AUGCUUGACUGGUUAUUAUCCCAGUUCGACACGUUCGACUAUUUUAUCCUGGUCCUGCUGGGGAUUGGAUUAGUGUUUUUUCACUAUCGUAUGAACAAUACGGGCACGAAUUACAAUGCCCCCAAAUCCACCCCAGUCGCCCCUACCCGCACAGAACGAGACACCAGUUUCAUCUCAAAAAUGAAAGCGGAAGGACGACAGGUUUUAAUAAUUUACGGCUCUCAAACAGGAACAGCUGAAGAAUUGUCGGGCCGUUUGGCUAAGGAUUUCCAUCGCUACAAGCAAAAAGCCACCGUCCUCGACCCGGAAGAGAUGGAGGUUGAUGACUUAGCUCGGUUACCUGAGGUUGAUGGCAUACUCGUCAUUCUCUGCAUGGCCACUUACGGAGAGGGAGACCCUACCGAUAAUGCUCAACAGCUCUACGAAUUCAUUAAAAAUACUGAGGCGGAUUUGAAGGGCGUUAGAUACGCUGUGUUUGGCUUGGGGAACAAGACUUAUGAACAUUACAAUGAAGUUGGAAAGGUCUUUGACACGCGGCUUGAAGAGCUGGGGGCUGAACGCGCCUAUCAGCUCGGCCUUGGCGAUGAUGAUGCCAAUUUGGAGGAGGAUUUUAUGCGUUGGCGCGAGGCAUUCUUGCCCCACGUUGCCCAGGUCUAUGGCUGGGAUUUGGACCUUGAUGCGGAGGCUCAACGACAGUACCGGCUUGAACUGCUCCCCGCUGAUGGCCCGACGACUCUUUUCAAGGGUGAAUACGGCCGUCUGGGUGCGUUCGAGAAACAGCGCCCGCCGUUCGACCUCAAGAACCCGUACCUGGCAACAAUCCAGGAAAACAGGGAAUUGCACACCGAAAAGAGCGAUCGGUCUUGCAGACAUAUUUCGUUGGAGCUUGAAGGAUCCCGAAUCCGCUAUGAAACUGGAGACCAUGUUGCCAUCUUCCCGACCAAUGAUACUAACCUUGUUGAAGUUGUGCUCGAGCGUCUUGAUGUUGAUCCUGAACAGGCAUUCCGUCUGAUCAACACUGACGAGGAUUCGAGCAAGAGGAAUCCUUUCCCGUGUCCGACUACAGUACGAACGGCUGUUACUCAUUACGUCGAUAUCUGCUCACCUCUGAAAUCUCACGUUCUAAAGGCUUUAUCAGAAGCCUGCAGCGAUGAAAAUGAAAAAGAGCGCUUGAAGCUGCUCGGAACUCCGUCAGAAGAAGGAUUGAAAGAAUAUGCUCAAUAUAUCGCCCGAGGUCGCCGAUCGCUAGUAGAUGUUCUUCGAGCAUUUCCUAGCUGUCGCCCCAGCUUUGACUACUUGCUGGAGUUGCUGCCACGUCUUCAGGCUCGUUACUACUCUAUCGCAUCCUCUCCAAAAUACGUUGAUGCUCAAAUCCAUGUUACCGCGGUUGUUACCGAGUAUGACCUCACUGACGAGCACGACACUCGUCAUAUCAAGGGUGUCUGCACAAAUUGGCUAAAAACUCGGGCAGCCAAGCAAACAGUACCAAUCUUCGUCCGAAAAUCCCAGAUGAGACUCCCCUACAAGCCGACCACUCCCGUCAUCCUGAUUGGACCGGGGACCGGAUUCGCGCCGUUCCGCGGUUUCAUCCAAGAGAGACAGUUCCACAAAGAUCAAGGCAAAGAGAUCGGCCCUCUUAUGCUGUUCUUUGGCUGCAGGGACCCGGAAAAGGAUUUCAUCUAUCGGGAUGAAUUGGAGAAAUACAAGGCCGACAAUGUCGUAACAGACCUAAACGUCGCUUUCUCCCGUAUCCCGAACCAACCAAAAGUCUACGUCCAGCACUUGAUGUGGGAAAAACGAGAGGAAAUUUGGGCCAUACUUUCCAAGGACGCAAAUGUCUACGUUUGCGGUGAUGCAAGAAAUAUGGCCAAAGACGUGCAAGCCUGCCUACUUCGCAUUAUCAGAGAGGUCGGAGGUCUUGAAGAAGAAGCAGCAACCAAAUUCUUCAAAGACCUCGAACGACAACGCCGCUACCAGGCCGACGUCUGGAGC